UGAGCGCGUGCGAAGAGCCGCCGCCGCCGCCGCUCGGGGUCGCCUUGAGCCCCAGAUUCUCCAGCGCUGGCUCGCAUGGCAGCCGCCUGGGCGCCCGGCCCCGCGACCCGCUAGGGGCGGCCCAGCGCCCCGGCCCAGCCGCUCAGCUGAGUCCGUCGGAUCCGGCCUCGCUCUGCGCCCCGGGGCGCGCCGCCUCCCAGCCCGAGAGCCCGCUCCCGGUUCCUGUCUCCAAUCCCCUCGUCUGCUCAGACCUUCCCAGCUCCCGCCCUCCGCUGCCCCCACCGCUUUUUUCUGUCUGGACGCCCCUCUACCCUCUCGGCUCGUAUCACUCGGAACCGGAAUCUGUGCCGCUAUCUCCGCGUCCGGCCGCCUCCCAGCCUGUGCCGUCCCACAGGUGUCCGCACGUCCGGCGGUCCGUCUGUCCCUCCCGGGGCCGGCGCUGACCAUGCCCAGCGGCUGCCGCUGCCUACAUCUCGUGUGCCUGUUGUGCAUCCUGGGGGCACCCGUAAAGCCUGCCCGAGCCGAUGACUGCAGCUCCCACUGUGACCUGGCCCAUGGCUGCUGUGCGCCUGAUGGCUCCUGCAGGUGUGACCCAGGCUGGGAGGGGCUGCACUGUGAGCGCUGUGUGAGGAUGCCUGGCUGCCAGCAUGGUACCUGCCACCAGCCCUGGCAGUGCAUCUGUCACAGCGGCUGGGCAGGCAAGUUCUGUGACAAAGAUGAGCACAUCUGUACCACACAGUCCCCCUGCCGGAACGGAGGCCAGUGCGUAUAUGAUGGGGGCGGCAAGUACCACUGUGUGUGCCCACCGGGCUUCCACGGGCGUGACUGUGAGCGCAAGGCCGGACCCUGUGAGCAGGCAGGCUCCCCGUGCCGGAAUGGCGGGCAGUGCCAGGACGACCAGGGCUUUGCCCUCAACUUCACAUGCCGCUGCUUGGCGGGCUUUGUGGGUGCCCGCUGCGAGGUGAACGUGGACGACUGUCUGAUGCGGCCUUGUGCUAACGGCGCCACCUGCCUGGACGGCAUCAACCGGUUCUCCUGCCUCUGCCCUGAGGGCUUUGCUGGGCGCUUCUGCACCAUCAACCUGGAUGACUGUGCCAGCCGCCCAUGCCAGAGAGGGGCCCGCUGUCGGGACCGGGUCCACGACUUUGACUGUCUCUGCCCAAGUGGCUAUGGUGGCAAGACUUGUGAGCUAGUCUUACCCGUCCCAGAUCCCGCCACCAUAGCGGACAUCCCCCCGGGGCCCACCUCGGCUGUGGUGGUACCUGCCACGGGGCCUGUUCCCCACAGCGGGGGCGCUGGUCUGCUGCGCAUCUCCGUGAAGGAGGUAGUGCGGAGGCAAGAGGCCAGGCUGGGCGAGUCUAGCCUGGUGGCCGUGGUGCUGUUUGGGGCUGUCACUGCCACUCUGGUCCUGUCCACGGUGUUGCUGACCCUGAGGGCCUGGCGCCGGGGUGUCUGCCCCCCUGGACCCUGUUGCUACCCUGCCCCACACUAUGCCCCAGCGCGCCAGGACCAGGAGUGUCAGGUUAGCAUGCUGUCGGCAGGGCUCCCCCUGCCGCCUGACUUGCCCCCUGAGCCUGGGAAGACCACAGCACUGUGAUGGAGGUGGGGGCUUUCCUGCCCCCUCCUUCACCUCCUCUGCCGCUCAGACUGGAUUGGCCCUUUCUCGCCACCCCUCAGCUGGAGUACACAACACUGAGGGACCUCAGCCUCAUGCCAGAAAUAUUAUUUUUUUAAUACACAGAGUGUAAGAUGGGAGUUUUAUCAAAUAAAACUAUGGA